CUGAGCCAAAGUCGGCGCAUUUCCCACAUAGUCUGCAUUAAUAGAGUCAUUUUGUAGUUUUUAUAGUUUUUAUAGCUGCUAGGCGUAAAGAGUUCACCGUUCAAAGCGGGAUGUUUAUUGCGGGGGAGGAGCCACGGCGGCAGACGUGAUCGUAAUUUCCGGUUAGUGCACCACGGAGUACUCGACUUGGAACAGCACUCACAUCUGAAAAAUGAACGUAGUAGACAGGGCGGAUAGUAUACUUCCUUUAAGUAUACUCAUGGAAGUACGGAGGAAGCACCCAGGGAAAAUGCAACACUACCGAGUGUGCAUGUCAAAAUCCAAGAACCAAGACCCCGAAAUACUGGGAAUGCAGUGCAGGCCAAACUUCCUGCAAGGAUGGUAGUUUCCCAGAUAAAUGUGGACAAACUCAUUGUUAACCUUAUCUGUGAUGCAAUGCUCUCCUUCUCCCUUGUUGAGUCUCCAUCCUUCAAAGAACUCAUUACAACACUGAGCCCUACAUCUUCAGUGAUGACAAGGAAAUCUCUGAGGGGAAGAAUCAAUGUGGCGUGUGAGGCCAUGAAAACUAAGUUAAAGCAGGCACUGAGCUGCAUUGAUUACGUGGCCACCACAACAGAUUGCUGGACAGCCCAUCAUCGCAGCUUCCUCGGCGUCACCUGCCAUUGGAUUGAUGAGGUCAGCCUCCAGAGGUGUUCCGCUGCCCUUGCAUGUCGACCCCUAAAAGGGUCACACACAUUUGAUGUCCUCGCGUCCACACUCGAUGAUGUGCAUAGAGAGUACCACAUCCAGAACAAAGUAGUUAAAACAACUACAGACAGUGGAUCUAACUUUUUGAAGGCCUUUAGGGUGUUUGGUGAGCACUCCCCUGAGCUUGAGGACAACGACGGGACAGAUGAUGAGGAUGAUUCUCAAGAUGUUGACUUUCACAACAUUGCUAGUAUACUAGAUGAAGAUACCCAAGACGUUCUGCUACCACCACACCAAAAAUGUGCAUGCCAUUUGCUUAAUCUGAUACAGGGCUCUAAAGUGCGACCAAUUUGGUCGCACAUGCGACCUAAUUUCUCAAUGGUGCGACUAAAAAAAAUCUGAGGUCGCACCGGUGCAACCAGCCGUUCAAAAAGAAAAAAACUCUGCGACUCUGAAAGGCACAUAUCAUGGUCCAAACCAAUCAGAGAUAAUGAAGAGCGGGACCCCCCUCUGAUUGCGACCUAAUUUCUCAAUGGUGCGACUAAAAAAAAUCUGAGGUCGCACCGGUGCAACCAGCCGUUCAAAAAGAAAAAAACUCUGCGACUCUGAAAGGCACAUAUCAUGGUCCAAACCAAUCAGAGAUAAUGAAGAGCGGGACCCCCCUCUGAUUGGCCGUGGUCCAGAUAUUCCUGUUUAUUCUACUUCAUUUAAGAAUGCUCGUCAGAAUUUUGCGAUUUUCACUGGCUACAAUAUUGCAUCUGUCAGUUGUCAAAUUUGCUGAACAAAAUGUUAAACUUCAAUAAUUGUUCAGUCAACUUAUAUCGUGCAUUUAUUUAAGCUCUCAACAGCAUAACCAUACAGCUUCGCCACAUCGGCGGGAAAACACGGCACACGCAAAGUAGGCUACAUCCAUGGAAUCAGCCGUUCAAAACCAGUCUGCAUGAAUCGUAUGACAACUGGAUGGCAGGGGAUGCGGACAAGGUAUACACCGCAGGGGAGAACAUGAGAGCCCCAGCUCGCCGCAUAGUAGCCUGGGUGCUUUAAGCAUGGAAUAAGCUGGAUACGGAGUUGGUGAAAAACUAUGUGUGUGUGUGUGUGUUUGUGUGUCACUCUGUUCGAGCCUGCAUGAGAGUUCAAUGUUGUCAUUAGCUGUUACGUCUUUCUGACCCAUCGCAGUUUAAGGCCGACCUGGGCUGUUCCACUUCGGGAGGGGGCGCUCAGUUACUCCCCUCUAGACAAAACGGAAUUGGUUGCGACGUUGACCCGGCGCCGCCCGAAACGUUAACGGGCCACCGGGAAUUCUCCCAACUCUCCCGAUUACCACUCUGCGUGUUCGUGCGUGCGUGCGUGCGUGCGUGCCUGUGUGUGUGUGCAGGCGUUAUUCAAUUGCCUGGUAAACAUAUAGGCCUACGGUAAUAUUCAUACUGGUUUAAAUAAUGCAUUUGAUAGUAGGCUAUUUCCCAUCGUUGCCAAAGAUCAAGAAGGCCAAACUACAUGAGUUGGCCAUCAGAGGGGCAUGUGACUGCAAUUGAGGAUAGUCCAUAAGACCUGGAGCCAUGAGAUGUUCAGUUUGAAGUUUCAGUUUAAAACACUUGCACUUUUAAUUUAGAUUUUCUUUUUAUUUCAUUUAUCUUCAGAUGUUUUAAGUUUAAAUUGCAGCUCAGUGAAGCACUUACAGCACCAAAAUGUUUCAGUGAAAUUACCUUUCUUGUGCAAAUAUUCAAAUAAAGAACAUUAGGUUGACCAUAUUCUUAGUUCAUCAUUUACAAGUCAAUAUUGCCUACAUGGACAGCUAUUUAAAAAACGUGAACCUGUAAAACUGCAGUGUUGAAUGCGAUAUGGUCGACAAUUUGGGUGCACCUAACUUUUGUGCUGGUGCACCUAAGAAAAAAAAUUAGGCGCACCAGUGCAACCAGUAAAAAAUGUUAGUUUAGAGCCCUGUGAUAGCAACUGCAGUCAUGUGCGUAGGAGCGGAAAACGAAGCAUUCAAACGUGUGUACCGUUCGACAUUCGCCAAAUGUUCCGCUCUGUGGAAUAAAGUUGGCCGUUCUAGCCAGGCAGCAGAAUUUGUUGAACAAGAGUGACCUCCAACUCAUCAGGCCCAUUCCCACACGUUGGAAUUCCACGUUCCUGGCUGUUCAGAGGUUACACCGUAUAUUCAAAGAAAAAGGAGAGGACGCCUUGAGGAAUGAGUUUAGUCAUUGACAACAGGUUCUGUUUACCUUUCAGUGGCGCCUGCAACUAGCUUGUAUUGCGUCCCGACGGCCGCGUGGCCGCUAGUCUCGGUCUGGAACUUCCCAAGAACGUCAGGAUCACCAAAUUGCAGAGAGUUCUUCAAGGAAAGGGUUCAAAUCCGGGAUAGCUUUUAAUAGUUACUUAUUUGGUAAAGUAUUUCGGUAUGGUAAGUUAUACUAUGGAGCAAAAGGAGAGGAAGCGUGUUGAACACGUGUGAGCGAUAUAACUUUAGCUACUUCGAGCCACGGGCAAAGGCCCAUGACUCUCUGCGGGUGGGGGUGAAAUCUCUGGCCUCUCCAUUUCGAAUCCACCGCUUAGAGGACGUCAAGUGGGCGUGGCCUAUGCAGUGGGCGUGGCCGGGGUGACGUAAUGGCUCCGCCCCUGUCUAAAGGUGAGCUAAAGUAGUUAUUGCAGCUUAAGUGUUCGAUCCUGCUUCCUAGUGGCUAUGUGAGGGUAAUGCAGCUUGUGUGUUUGAAUCUGCUUCCUAGGGUCUAUUUGGAGGCAGCUUAUGUUCUUAAAAUACGUAACAGAGCAAUAGCAGAAGCACAGUUGCAUCAUUUCUGUGAUGCCAGUGAAAUGGGGCAUGGCUCAGCAUCUUACCUCUGGCUGAUGAACACCAGAAGACAGGUGAGCAUUGCUUUUGUCAAGGGAAAGGCCAGAGUAGCGCCACUUAAGCAAACAACCAUACCCAGGCUGGAACUUGGAGCUGCAGUCUUAGCUGUGCACAUCAACAAGAUGCUACAAACAGAGCUAGAAAUCAACAUGGAAGAGCCUGUUUUCUGGUCUGACAGCAUGACAGUUCUUCAGUACAUUGCCAGUAACACCAAACGAUUCAAAACAUAUGUGGCAAAUCGUGUCUCCAUCAUUCGAGAGCUGUCAGAAGGGGCACAAUGGCGGCACAUAAGUUCCAAGCUAAAUCCAGCAGAUGCCGCAUCACGGGGCUUGAAGGCUGAUGUAUUCCUCCAGUCUAAGUUGUGGAUCAAUGGCCCAUGCUUCCUCUCCAAACCUCAAUCACCAUGGCCAGGAACAAUACAAAUGGAUGGAGUUCUUGACGACGACCCUGAGGUCAACACCAAGAUUUCUGCCAAUGCCGUAGUGCUGAAAGACAGUGAAUGUCCCAGAAGUAAGCUUCUGAGCUAUUUUUCCAAGUGGACAGACCUUACGAGAGCUGUAGCAUGGAUACUGAAGAUAAAAGAGCUACUUCUUCCGCUGAGAGGACAAAGAAUGAACACAACCCAAGGUCAAGCUAAACAGGAGCGCAAACUGAAGCAGCAAGUAAAACCAAACAUUCCCAAACUGUCAGUGAGCGAUUUGGAGAAAGCGGAAAAAGCCAUUGUCUGUUUUGUGCAGAGGCAGUCUUAUCCAGAAGAAAUCGAAGCCUUAACUAAAGGCACUUUGAAGAAAGCAAGCCAUCUGUACAAGCUGGACCCUGCAAUGGUGGAUGGAGUCCUGAGAGUUGGUGGUAGGUUGAGCAGGUCGGCUCUCCCUGAAGAAACGAAACAUCCAAUGAUUCUUCCAAAAAGCAGCCAAAUCUCUACGCUAAUUCUGCGUCACAUCCAUCAUAAAGUUGGUCAUGGGGGUAGAAAUCACAUGCUAUCAACUCUCCGGCGCCACUUCUGGAUACCACAUGCCAACUCUGCCGCCAGAACAGUCAUUGGAGAUUGUAUGACCUGCAAAAGACAACGACAGCAACCUGGUGAGCAAAAGAUGUCAGACCAUCCUGCGGACAGAAUUAUUGCAGAUCUGCCUCCAUUCAAAGACGUUGGGAUAGAUUACUUCGGCCCAAUGGAGGUGAAAAGAGGACGAAACGAUGUGAAGCGAUAUGGCGUCAUAUUCACCUGCUUAACAUCACGUGCAGUCCAUCUAGAAGUGGCCCAUACACUCGACACAGAUUCGUGCAUAAACGCCAUCAGGAAAUUUGUCUGCCGCAGAGGUCAAGUAAGAGAAAUACGGUCUGAUAAGGGCACCAACUUUGUCAGUUCUGACCGGGAGUUAAAGAGUGCCGUCAGAGACUUAAACCAAAACAAGCUGCACCAUUCUCUCUCACAGGAUGGAAUAAAGUGGAUCUUUAACCCGCCGUAUACAGUAGAGCUCAUCAGGGAGGAGUCUGGGAGCGGCUGAUACAGCAAGUUAAAAGGGUGCUUUAAACAGUGGUAAGGCAGCAAGUGCUGGACGACGAGGCCCUACAUACUGCAUUGUGUGAAGUGGAGGCUGUGUUAAAUGACCGUCCAAUCACCCCAUCUAGUGGUGACCUAAAUUACCUGGAGGCCCUAACCCCAAACCACCUCUUGCAGCUCAAAGCAAAGCCACUUCUACCACCUGGCUUGUUUACCAAAAACGAUCAAUAUGCUCGCAGGCGUUGGAGGCAGGUCCAGUACAUUGCUGACCUGUUCUGGAAGAGGUGGGUGAAAGAAUACCUCCCACUAAUGCAAGCACGUCAAAAAUGGAACAGAGCAAAAAAAAAGCUUUGCUGUUGGAGUUGUGCUUGUCAUGGAUGAAUCAGCACCCAGAAAUUUGUGGCCAUUGGGGCGAAUUAUAGAAACCAUGGCCGACUCCAAGGGAUUCGUUCGUCAUGUCCGGCUGAAGACUCAAACCGUGGAGCUGGAACGACCCAUCACCAAGCUGUGCCUUCUUUUGGAGGGGGCUACAGCUUAAACAUCGAUACUUAAACUGAUACACUGAAGGCUGGCACACUACAUUUCUCAUAACGCAUAUAUUCCCUUGCAUUACACCUUUUCCCCUUUUUUGAAGUUUGACCCCUUGCAUACACAAACUUCCCUUUUUUCGUCUUUUUGAAGAUCAAAUACCUUAUUUUGCCUUUUUUAAUGGCUUAUGGACUGAUAAAGAGACACUUUAAAAAGAAAAUGUUUGAAAAAAAAAAAAUGCAUGAAGUAACUGAUGUCAGUAGAUUCUUGUGUUAUGGCUAUAUAUUUUUCCCUUUUUGGUUUUUGUAAUUAGUUGCUUAGCAAUAAUUAGGGGCCGGAAUGUUACAGCCAUCCUUUACCUUAAGUUAAAUACGUGUGUAUUAAUGUUUAUUGCUAAUGUUAAAUGUUAAUUGAGUGAUUAGAUGGCAGGGGGCGUGGUUUGUGCCACCUGUAAAUGCACUCGAGAAUGGCAGCCCCUGG